AUGGCAGCCAACCACUCGUACUAUCCACCCAGCGUCGCCAUUGACGGCUACGUCGCCAACACGCUGUCGACGGUGCAGAUCCUCGGCAUCUUCACCUCGACGCUCACAUCUAUUCUGGUGCCCUGCUUCCUCCUCAUCCGCCGCGUGCGGCCGUCCCUCGCCGCGGCGGAAACGGCCACGGCGCUGUGGUUUGUCCUCUGUGGCGUCAUCCACCUUGGUUUGGAAGGCCACUAUGCCCGCCACGAGCACCACAUUGGCGCGUCCUCACACGUCCUCUCCCAGCUGUGGAAGGAGUACGCCCUCUCCGACUCGCGCUACCUCACCCGCAACAGCUUCAUGGUCUGCAUGGAGACCAUCACCGCCGCCUGCUGGGGCCCGCUGUCCUUUCUCUGCGCCUACGCCGUCGUCCGCGGUAGCGCGUGGCGGCACCCGCUCCAGUCCGUCAUCUCGCUCGGCCAGCUCUACGGCGACGUCCUGUACUACGGCACCUGCACCUACGAGCUCCUCGUCUACGGCAACGAGUUUUCGCGCCCGGAACCGUACUACUUUAUCGGCUACUAUGUGUUUCUCAACGCCUUUUGGAUCGUCAUCCCGUCUGCUCUGCUCUUGUCGAGCGCGAGGGAGACGACGAAUGCGUUUGUGGAGCUCAACAAGUUCAAAGCCCACGGCAACAAGCAAUAG